AUGGCUGUUCCUGGGCCAUCAAAUCCGUCGGUAGUUCCUGGAGCUGAGGAGUGCUUCCAAGAGCCACCCACCGGGGCCAGUGAGGCUUCCCACCUCGCUUGCGAGAAGUGUCGAGCUUAUUUCCUUGGAUACGCUGGAAGUCUCAGACGGAUAUCCCAAGCAUCGGUCAAUCUGCUUCUGGGAGACGUCAUCCCCAAGCCACGGGUGGUUCCACGUCAGAUAAGCUACGGCACGCUUGAAGACCUCUCGGCACGCAAGGCUUGCCGGUUCUGCGAAUUUCUGUUUCGACUGAUCAAAGCGGAGCUCGAAUUGCCUAAUCCUGCUUCCUCACAGGAGGCGGACAGCGAGGAUGUAUGCUCCAUUGUUCCUGACAAAAAGUCGGUCGACAAGGUUUUCGUCAAAUACAAACACGUCGCAGUUACUCUCACUUUGGGACGCAAGCCGCUGCCGGCACCACAGCCAAACAACCUCUUCCGAGAUGACACUGCAUCCUCUCAGACAGACCCGGAAGGGUAUCAAUCCGUGUCCAUUGGCAUGAUAAAGAGUUGGAUGGACGAUUGUCAGAAGCCUCGUACUUCUACACUUGGUAGCGGCACCUUCUUUCAUUCAAUGUGCCACCACCUGCCCCCAAGGUAUGGUGUAGGUCCUUGGAAACUAACGUUCAUCGACGUGGUCGACCGCUGCUUAGUUACGAAGGACACAACCCACAAGUACUUCGCCCUGAGCUACGUUUGGGGAAAAGAUCCCUUCUUGCAAACAACAACGGAAAACGUCUCGAGGCUGGAGAAAAAGCACUCGCUCACCAGAAAAGGAGGCGUGCCCGCCCUCAUCGACGACGCCAUGGAGCUCACAAACCUCCUCGGGGUGAGAUACAUCUGGGUGGACGCCUUAUGCUUGGUGCAAAACGACCGGGCGUCCAAGUACGAAGGCAUCCGCAUAAUGCACAUCAUCUACGCCCACGCGGACCUCACCGUCGUCGCCGCAUCCGCCAAAAGCGCCUCCUCCCCCCUGUCCGGGCUCCGAAAGGGGACCCGGUGCCCCCACGCCUCGCGGGACGUCAAGGGGAGACAGCUGCGGUACGUCCCUAGCGGCACCAUACCCGCCAAACUUAGCCAAACCGUCUAUCAAACGCGCGGAUGGACGAUGCAAGAGUUACUCAUGUCGCGCAGGUGCUUGGUGUUCACCUACGACCAAGUGUACUACCGCUGUCUCUCGGCCGCGGUGUCGGAACUCGGUUCGAAACAAACCCGGAUUAGAAAUCUAAUCAAAUCACCAGCCCUCAUACUACGCCGAGCCCAGCUCGAGGAUCUGGCCCUGUUCGGCGAUUUCGAGACCGCGCGUGGUGGUGGUGGUUCCCGCGCAGAAGAAGGCCGUGCCUCUCGUGAGCGACGUGCUGGCGUAUCCGCGAGGGCUUUCGACUACGACAGAGAUUUCCCGAGCUUCGCGACGUAUAUGCAUCUGGUCCAGAAAUACUCGUGCAGACAGCUGUCGUACCAAUCUGACAUCCUGAACGCCUUUAGUGCGGUGCAGUCCGCACUCGGCCUCCAGAUGGAUUGCGGUUUCGAGUUCGGCUUGCCUCUGGCCUCGUUUGGCAUGGCCCUGCUCUGGAGACCUUGCAAUACUUGUCGGCCCGAACGGCGGACGAUCGAACGCGGCCAAAGCCCGCGUGCAACAUUCCCGACCUGGUCGUGGAUCGGAUGGCGCGAAGAGGUGUUGUGGGUGGAGCCGGUUGCGCCCGAUCAGCAUUACGACAUCAGGCAGACGUUUGAGGAGCUGGUCCCAUUCUCCAAGGUACGCGUCGUGGACACGGACGUGGAAGCGAAGCACGGCGGACCUUGCGCUGCUCUCAGCGGAAUCGACUGCUCGGGCCCCAGCCUUCAUAGGCCGUCGGGCUUGCUUGUCUUCGAGGCAGAGGUGGUCGGGAGCAGGAGUUUCCGCUACCGCGAGGCGCGCCGAUAUACGAACCACAAGCACAAAGGUAGCCUUGAGAUCCUCCCCAUGAGCAAAGCAGAGGGAAAAACCAAGACCCGAGAACACUCUUCAGAACGUUCUGGAUCAGUUGAUAAGCCCUGGAAGGAAACCUCCAGGCGCUUGUGGGAAGGUUCUGACGAUGGCUUGGGGCGAGGGAUUGUUUUCUCCAUGGAGGCGGAAAGCUUGGAGCAGAGCAGUAAUGUGGAUCUCGUGGCUCUAUCCACAUUUCGCCCCCGCAAAAUAUGGCAAGGAUAUCCUGGACUCUACUACCAUUUCAACGAAGGCACUGGAGGCUAUCGGAAAGGCCUUCCGUUCCUGAACUGCCUGGUCAUCGAGUGGCAUGGCGACUAUGCAGAGCGCAUUGGAGUCGCUCAGAUUGGCAGUCUUGCAUGGAGGGAUGCCGGACCGACGGUUAGAUGUAUCACAAUCCGUUGA